AUGCAUAGUAUAUAUCUAGAGGAGGGGGCUAGAACUAGUAGGGAACCACAACGAAGAUUAAAUCUUAACAUGAUGGAAAUUGUAAAAAAAGAAAUUUUAAAGUGGUUGGCUGCUGAUAUUAUUUAUCCUAUUUCAGAUAGCAAAUGGGUUAGUCUUAUACAAGUAGUGCCAAAAAAAUUAGGGAUCACGAUUAUAAAAAAUGAAAAUGGAGAUGAAAUACAAACAAGAUUAACUAUCGGUUGGAGGGUUUGCAUUGAUUAUAAAAAAUUAAAUUCAGUUACUAGAAAAGAUCAUUUUCCCCUACCAUUUACUAAUCAAAUUCUAGAAAAAUUAGUUGGAAAAAACUUUUUUUGUUUUCUGGAUGGAUACUUUGGUUAUAAUCAAAUUUAUAUAAACCCUUUAGAUCAAGAAAAAAUAACUUUCACUUGUCCAUUUGGUACUUUUACUUUUAAACACAUGCCUUUUGGUCUGUGUAAUGCUCCAGCCACAUUUCAAACAUGUAUGUUGUCUAUUUUUUCUGAUAUGAUUGGAAAAUGCAUGGAAAUUUUUAUGGACGAUUUUUGUGUUUUUGGUGAAUCAUUUGAUGAAUGCUUAAAUCAUUUAUAG